AUGGCGAGAUGGAAUCGUCUGAUCACUUUGGGCGUCCUCUUCCUCUGCCUUCAGCUUGCUGUUGCUUAUGUCGCAAUCCCAGUUCGACGACAAGAGACAGGGACCUCGACCGCCGCUAUUGCCUCUUCGAUACGAUCCGAAAGCGCACGCGAUGCCGAGAACACGCCAUCGCCGUCGUCGUCGAUAAGGUCUGCGUCGGUCACUGCCACGGCUUCGGUUCAGCCCUCCAGCAGCACCUCUACUCCCUCGGCCAUCCCAACGGUGUCUGGCGGAGACAACACCUUUGACAACUCGAGCCUUUUCAACACGACCAUUCCUGCGGGACAACUGCCUCUUCAGCCGACUAUCACACCUGGCUGGGCCGUGGCCGGCGUGAUAUUGCUUUGCACCGGCGUCGUCUAUACCUUGAUUGGUAUCAAGAACACGGUCUUGCACAAUGCCUUCUCUGUCGCCUAUGUCGUCAGCCUUGGUAUUGCGGUUUUGGUUGUCUAUGUUAUGGUUGUCCCAGUCUCCAAUGCGUCACAGGGAGCCUACGUUGUCGCCGCCGUCUUGCCAGCUGUUUUCGCCGGUGUGCUCUCUUCUUGGUUCUUCAAGGAGAUCACAGAGUGUUUGGCGUGCGCUCUCGGUGGGUUUUGCUUUGCCAUGUGGCUUCUGUGCCUUCACGACGGCGGCUUGCUUUCGGGCGUUGGAAAGGUCGUUUUCAUCGUCGCGUUCUCCCUGGCAGGAUUUGCGACAUAUUUCACACGGUGGACACGGGACUGGGCGCUCAUGAUCACGAUUUCCUUCACUGGCGCCACGGCGACUGUGCUCGGCAUCGACUGCUUCAGCCGCGCUGGGUUGAAGGAAUUUUGGGCAUACGUCUGGAAUUUGAACGACAAACUUUUUCCGAUGGGCGCCGACACAUAUCCGCUGACCAAGGGCAUUCGCGUUGAAAUCGCUGCCAUAAUUGUAAUUUUCUGCAUUGGCAUCAUUUCUCAGAAGAGACUGUGGAACGUCAUCAAGGACCGACGCGCCAAACGAGACGAGGAACUAGCCGAGGCACAACGUGCUCGCGACGAGGAAGAGGCAAACAUUGGUAAAGAGCUUGAGGCUCGAAACGCUCGCGAGCGACGGGCAUGGGAAAGGGUUCAUGGAGACUAUGUCCCCAACGGCUCAGACCAUGACUCCGGCUUCGCGCGAGACAGUGACAGCGAAAAGGGUGUUCAUUACAACCAAAGCACCGCAACUCCUCAGACACAGACUCCGCCAGUGGCUGAAAUGGCAGGCUCGGAUGUGCCUCUUACGGUUCCGCCCAAGCCGACAGCCACAGGCCUGAUGGUUUUAGAGAAGGAAAAGGAUGGCGUUGUGACAGUGCGAGUGGCUUCGGACGAUACCAUCGCAAACCCUGACGCUGCGGACAGGACGGUUGGUGAGAUGGAAGGGACCCAGCCAGGUACCACCGUUGUCGAGAGCGUACGAAAAGUGGCUCCCGCUCCCGAAGUGGUUCCUCUGCCAUUCAGAUUGCCGGAUACAGAAGAGAACAUGGCCAGAGAGAAGGAGGACAGAUCCACGAUUGCAACAUUCGCCGAUGAUGACGAAGACCCGGCGGACAUUGGCAGCAGGCGGGGCUCCUUCACGAAGCGUCUGUCUCGGAGCUCAGCACAACUCAUGCGGAGAGUCUCUCAGCGCACGUCAGCGUCUCUUCGUAAAGAAGACACACGGGACCAUGAGGAGUUGGUAAUAGUCCGGCGGCCACGAGACGACGAUGUCGGUUCCAUUGCUGCGACAAUCGACACUCAGAACGACAGCGGCGGAAGCAUUGACCAUGAAGCACUUCGCCGCAGCAUCGAGAUCAACGCUCAACUUGCUGACGGGCAUCCAGCGGACCAAAAGCCGGAGCGUAUGCCGACGUCUGCAUCUCGAAAAAGUAUGAGCGGCGAAAGCAUCAGCAAGCGUGUCUCGGCAAUGACGAUCAUGAGUGAUGCCGCGACCCAGCCUCUGGCCAGCGACGCCGUCUCUCCCAUCAUCGCCGAGAUGCCCGCGGACGAAGUAAAGAGGACCGACAGCGCUGUUGCCAAAGAAAGCACACCGGAGAAGCAAGAGCAGACAAGCCCUGACCCGAGCCAGCAGUCUGUUGCACCCUCCCAGAAGGCCAAGUCCACGGCCUCGGUGGAUUCUACGCCCGUCAAUCUGACACAAGAGCGUCUGCCGUCCGGCUUUUCCAACGUUGCGCUUCACUACCGGACAAACGAGUGGGCCAAGCAUCUGAGCCAUGCAGAGGCGCCCGAGCCCGAUGCCUUGCAGCUGGCCGGGAGCAGACCUCAGUCACGGGAAGCCCCGGCUCCUGUGCACGUCGAGGAGCUUCAGCAAACGGCCCUGUCCGCGACCCCAGCGCCAGUGCCAACCAAGUCGCCCGCUCCCAUGCAGCGACCUUCGCCAAACUACUCACCGAACCGCAGUCACUCGAGGAACAACUCGUACCAGUCCCACCGCCGAGGGUCAAGCAAAACGCAGUUCGAGCCCAUUGCCGAGGAAGAGGCGCAGGCGGCUCCCAAGGCAGCCAGCACGAAGAGUGGCAGCUCUGGACCUGCAUCCAGCGUUGCUUCUCCCGCCACUCCUGUCGCCUUCGAACGCCCACCUCCGCCUCCAGGCAUCCAGUCUUACGACAGCCCCCAGAGUCUCAUUGCGCAACGAAGCCUCGCCCUGCACAACAAGACGUACGGACUCCUGACUGGAGGCAACAUGAUGCCCGAGAUCCCCCCGGCGGCCUACAGGGCAUCGAGCGAGUCGGGUUCCAUGUUCAACUACCCCGUCUACGCGCAACAAAUUCCACCGGAUUCGUUGGAUGACCUUCCCCUGAGCCAGCGCAAAGAGAUCAUCCGGCGCCAGAGCAGUUACGGAUCGUCCCUGGGAGACUCCAGACCAGCUAGCGGAACGUUCAUGCCUGGUAUGUCGGCCGAGAGCGUCGCCUUCGACUCCCAUCAACCCAUGCGGUACUCCAACGUACCGUCGCAAGAGGCCCGUGACGCCAGGCUCGCCAGCUUCCGCAAUUCGGUUCGAGCCGAUCUCCGCGCAGGCAUGGCCGCAUCACCUGCUGCCGCAAACGGUCGCGACAUGACUCUCAGCAUGCAUCGCUCGUCGAGUGGAACCAAUCUCGCCAGCCAAAACGUCAGUCGCGAGGCCGACAUACAGAGGAACAUUGACCUGCAGCGGAGCUUCAUGAUGAGCCAGAAGGAGGCAGAGGCCAAGCGGAAGGAGAAGGAGAGGCUCGAUAAGGAGAGGGCUGACCAGGCCUUCACGAGGAGCAUGCAGAGCGGCGAGAUGUUUGAGGCGCAUCGGGAAGCGAUGCGGAAGAUGCAACGCCGCGCCAGGGACGCCUAA